AUGGAGUAUCAAAUUAUUCAACAGUACUUGGAGCAGAAUGGAUUCAAACUCACAUUGGAGAGUUUGAAGAAGGAAGCCACAAAGAAAAAGGUUGACCUCUCAACAAACAACAAAGAUACUCCAACUCUAGUCGAUCUCUUGAAAUUAUAUAACCAACAACAGAAUGGUACAACAAACAAGAGAAAGCAUGAUGAUGAUGACGACGAGGAGGAUAGUGAUGACGAGGAAGAGGCAACAUUGAAGAAACAAAAGACUGAGGAUUCAAGUGAUGAGAGUGACAGCAGUGAGAGUGAGAAGGAGGAUGAGAAGAAGAAGAAGGUUGUAGACUCGAGUGACAGUGAAUCAGAGAGUGAAGACGAGAAGAAGAAGAAGGACAGUUCAAGCGAGAGUGAAUCAGAGAGUGAGAGCGAGAAAGAGUCCGCCAAGAAAGUUGAAAGCGACGACAGCUCAAGCGAGAGUGAGGUAGAGGAGCCAAAGAAGGUCGAGCCAAAGAAGGCUGAGACAAAGAAGGCUGAGACAAAGAAGGCUGAGACCAAGAAUGCUGAGACCAAGAAGGUCGAGACAAAGAAAGAGUCAGAGGAUGAGGAGGAGGAGGAGGAUUCAAUGGUCAUCACCAAGGAUGAGUCAAGUAAUACUACAUCAUCAAACAAGAACAAUACACCAAACAACAAGUAUAACAACAAUAACAAUUAUAAUAACAGCAAUGGAAAGCAACAACAAAAAGGAAACACACCAUUUAGAAGAGUAAAGGAGGAGGAGGUCCAGAUUGAUCGUCACAUGAGGGCUGCCGACUACAUCUCAGAGACUGAUCAAUGGGGACUGAGCAUCAACAGAAACAUGGCCAAGACCAAGGGCAAGGGAUUCCGCACUGAGAAGACCAAGAAGAAGAGAGGUUACACCAACUGCCAAAUCAGCCACGAGGUCAGCAGCUACAAGUAUCCAAGUGAUGACGAGUAA